GUCAUGUUACACAUCUUAAAAUAAAGUAGAGAAAUGUGUCAUGUUACACAUCUUAAAAUAAAGUAGAGAAAUGUGUUAUGUUACUUGUCUUAAAAUAAAGUAGAGAAAUGUGUUAUGUUACUUGUCUUAAAAUAAAGUUGAGAAAUGUGUUGUUACUCAUCUUAAAAUAAAGUAGAGAAAUGUGUUGUUACUCAUCUUAAAAUAAAGUAGAGAAAUGUGUUAUGUUACACAUCUUAAAAUAAAGUAGAGAAAUGUGUUAUGUUACACAUCUUAAAAUAAAGUAGAGAAAUGUGUUAUGUUACACAUCCUAAAAUAAAGUAGAGAAAUGUGUUAUGUUACACAUCCUAAAAUAAAGUAGAGAAAUGUGUUAUGUUACACGUCUUAAAAUAAAGUUGACAAAUGUGUUAUGUUACACGUCUUAAAAUAAAGUAGAGAAAUGUGUCAUUACUCGUCUUAAAAUAAAGUUGACAAAUGUGUUGUUACACGUCUUAAAAUAAAGUUGAGAAAUGUGUUAUGUUACACGUUUUAAAAUAAAGUUGAGAAUUAAACUCGAAAUUUAUUUGAUACAAAUAAAAUGAAAUAUAUUAAGCUAAAAUACUAGAGUAUCAACUACUAGAUUAGUCUUAGCAAAAUUGUAACUUUUUUUUGGAGUAGGAGAGGAUCCAUUAGCAGACAUGACAGACACAAGCGACAUUAACUCAGUCGCGGGAGUGUUAAAGCUGUAUCUGCGAGAACUACGCGAACCCUUAUUUCCAAUUUUCUUCUUCGAUCAGCUGGUGGAAAUAAGCCGGGUUGAAUUUAAAUCUGAGUUCAUCAGUAAGGUUAGAGAUGUUGUGGCCAGUCUCCCACGAUCAGUUUUUGUUGUUCUUCGCUACCUGUUUGCGUUCUUAAAUCACGUUUCGGAAUUUAGCGAUGAAAACAUGAUGGACCCACAUAACUUAGCUACUUGCUUUGGUCCGUCUAUGCUGCCAAUACCUGAGGACAAAAACCAGGUCCAGAAUCAAAACUUAUUCAAUGAACUUAUUAAGAACAUUAUUGUCUACCAGGAAGAGAUCUUUCCCAACGAUGGUGGGAUGGUCUACGAGAAGUACAUCAGUCUCGACGUCCCAUAUGAAAAUGAUGUCGGCGAGUCUCCAGUUGACCAAUGCUCCGACGAUCUCGAUACGUUGGAUAGUUCUGAAGCAGAGAUUCUUGCUAGUGAAGAUGAAUAUGAAAUUCUAGAGGGUGUGGCACAGCAGACGUUCUGUGGUCGAACGGAUCGUGAACUCUCCUUUAAAGAGGGUGACGUUUUGCAGUUGUACUCCCAAGUUUCUAACAAGUGGUGGAAAGGGAGUUUGAAUGGGAGAGAAGGACUUGUGCCGGACAAUUCAUCUUUCUCAAACUGAAGGAUGAAGAUAGAGAGAAAGUCGGUCGUGAUGGUAGUGAAAGACAUGCAAGUAGCAGCAGCGAUUCCCUGUCGGGCUAUAGUGCCAGCCCCAAGCCUUCCGUUGACAUACAUAUACCCGAAGAAGAGACGUUAGGAUCCGACACGUUCUUUCCAGAUUCACUGUCCACGUUACCUUCGAGCUCAACGUCCAGCUCUGGGAUUGGUUCUUUGCAUUCCCUAAACAUAAACUGCCGGCGAAGACUCAGCCUCAGCCCUUCCACUCUACGCAAAGUUCAGCUUUCUGCUUCUGUCGAGUUUAAUCAACCCAAACUGGUUCAUUCGAGCAGUGUAGGAAAGGCAAUGGAAGACCUAGCAAAAGAUGAAAACCUACUAAUGACUAAAGACUUGUGUUUCCAUGGUCAUGAAAAGGAAGAGAAUUACACUAAUGGGCAAGUGAAAGACUUUAGCCAUAACCUUACUUGUGCCUCAUCAAAUGUUGAGUCUGCUAAAGGUAAAGUAGUAGAAUUAGCUGGAACUAAUUCUGGAGAUUAUUCAGAAGUAAUUCUCCUUUCAUCUAGCAAAGGUACCCCAGACCUUGUUAGGGAUCUUCCAUAUAAUCCAUGUGGACUUGAUUUACCCUUGGAAAAGUGUUCAGAGGAAGAGAAGGAAAGUCCAACCUCUCAGUCCCUCAUCAAUAGUCCAGAAUUGACCACAGCAGAAAGAUUUGCCCUUUCACAUCAAGGCACUCUUAAGAAAGGUAGUUCUCGACCUGGGCUAAAGUCAACCUUGCCGGUCAAGGUUUGGACAAAAACUCAAAAUGGUCAGGAAUCUAGUUCAAGUAAAGUGUUCACAGUGGUUUCCCAAAUAGAAGAUCAGAUGAAGCCCACACCCGAAGUCCCUCGGAGUUUUAAACAGGAGGUGGAAAUCCAGGGACAUUCCCUCAAUUCAUUAGGUGACCAUAGUUCAGAAGUUAUACAUUCAAGAGGUGUUUCACAUAUCAAGCUUUUGCCCAAAGUGAAGCCCCCUGUAAUGAAGAAGCCAACACUUCCUUCUCAACCAGUGAGAUUUCCAGAGAGAGAAUACAAGUGAACUUUGUUAAACACCGAGUUGGAAAAAAAACUGUUCAAAGAACAACCUAUACAAAUAGUUCGAGCAUAUCACGUGCGUAUUUCUGGAAAUUUAUGGUGAACGAACGGAGAAGAAAAAAAGGAUCUAGCUACUGAAAUAAGUUAAUUUUUGUUUCUGUAAAACAAAUUGGAGGAAAUAAAGGAACAAACUGUUGAAAUAAGUGUUGGUUUUAUUUCUAAGAAUUGGAAAAACACAUGGGGUUGAGAUUAUUACGUGUUCGUGGAAAGUCAGAUUCGAGACUAUAUCUGUCCUCCCAUAAUAUAUCAGAUUGAUCUCAAAAUAAUCUGUUGUUUUAAUAUUUGAUUUCUUCUCUUGCAGUUAAACUGUGGCAGAACCAACAGUCGUAAAAUGGUUCCGUUAGUACGACUUACUGUGAUUAAAGAUGUUUGUACAUAACACUUUCAUCGUAAUCUUUAGGAAAAAACAAAGUUUGUAUCUUCAGAAUGUUUAUUACUUCCUAAAAAUCCAUCUUGAGUAAAUUACUUUUUCAAAAAGAAUUAUAUGACAUUCUAUAAAUUACAAACAUUUUGAGAGAUGAAUCUAAUGAGAAUUGAAAAUAUACCUGUAGUUUUUAACCAUUUUGUAUGUGAUUUACACUUCUCUCAAUCAAACAUUUACGAACUACUAAGUUAUAAUGUCUUGAUAAUGCUAUAUCAUGUUAUUUUUUUUAAUAGAUUAUGUAUUUUAAUGAAAUUAUUAUUUUGAUAGAAUGUACCUUGUUAAUUGAAAUGUUUCAGAAGUUGUAUGUACUCAACUUACCAUAAUAUCCAACUCAUUAGUGUGUGCUUGCAUCUUUUAUUUACCAUCUAGGAGGCUAUUUUCUUUAUGAAUUUUUUUUUAAUAUUAAAGUUUUUGUCUUUAUAACUUUGAAGUAUAAAGUACUGUAUUAUAGAUAUGUUUGUACAGAAUUUUGCAGAAGAUGUUAUGUUACAAUAUCCAAUUUGUAUUGUCUGCAUGCAGAAAAAGGUUAUAUAUGUGAAUUUUAAUUUUUUUUUUCUUUAUGUAAAACUCGUCAGUGACAUUAAAUUCCACUUCCAAUA